ACCGUUAUGUAACACAGAAGUGUAGUCCUGGAGAAAGCUGACGUUAGCAGACAUGGAUUUAUUGUUUCUGGUUAUGAUUAAAAGAGAAAACGCUGCAGACUACAAAUGAAAGUAUCCUCACGUCAAUCUGCCUGUGCCUUUAAAAAACAAGUAGUGUAAGAGCUGUGCAAGAGUGCAAUGUACGGUGUGAAUCAUAUGAGCAGAAGAAUCCAGGCUGCCCUCCUCCCAGUUAUUGCUCAACAGAUUAGGACACACACUGGCUUUCAAAAGAUCCCUGAGAAGGAAAUUGCAACAUGUCCCGAAGUCUUCACAAAAGAGGAAGUCAAAACUGGAGCGGUUCGGCUUGACUUGAGGUUAUUUUGUUGUUGGUUUUUUUAAUAAAAGCAGAAGAUGUUUUUACAGGAUUUUCACGUGACCUGAGGUGAACAAGUGUAACUCCAGCCUGGUGAGUUCUGUCUUGACAAGUAUAACCUAAUAGCUGGAAUAACAUCACUCCGUCUACUCUAGGAUCACAUCUCUGUCUCCUCUGUAACUGUCUGUGAUGUGGCUACAGAAGCACCUGCUCUCUGACCAGUUCAAGUCUACUAGUUGACGGCAGUCAGUUUUGUUUAAACUGGACUGAAUAUGCUGUUUUUCUCUCCCUGAACUCAGUUUGUCAGGAUUCAAACAGGUUUGUCUGAGAUUUGACAGGAAGCUGAAACAACAGACCUUUAAAUACAUAUUCACACAGUUUCCAAACUACAUUGUUUCCACACAUAAAAGUUUAUCCAACACAGAGCUAAUGCCAGACUCUUUUUCUGCUGGUGAGUCCAGCCAAAAAUAUCCCAGAAUUUGAGCCAUAGAUGACAACUAUCGGGCAUAUCUCUGUAUAGCCACAUAGGGAAGAGUGGGGUAAGAUGAGCCAUUUUUCAUAUUUCGGAUCACUACAUUAAGGCGAUCAUAGUUUUGUCUCUAACUAGUGUAUCUGCAUAUAUUUCAAAAUGUUGUGCAUCCCUGCAAACCAACACAAUGAGUGUAAACAUAACUGUCUUGAUAAUAUAGCAUGCCAAAAAAGUGGUCUCCUAUGUUCAACUUACCCCAUGUAUGGGAUAAGUUGAACCUUCCCUCACCUUCUCUCUCCCUCAAUAACAGGCACUUCUUCAUAUUCAUGUGUAUUUUUAUCUAUUAUACGCUUUUGAACUGGCACAAUAAUUAUUUUUAUUAUUACUGCAUAUAACUACUAAAAAGCUGUUUUGUAAAAAAGCCAUUUUGACAUGAGAAUGUCAGAACAUUCACAGCUGUAUUUUUAAAAAAGAAAAAGUGAAACAUUUCAACAAUCUGAACUGAAACUCUGAUCCUCUCAUCAGACUCCUUUACUUUCUCAGUUGAGUCACUGUCUCAAUUUACCCCAGAACUACUAUGAUGACUUUAUUAGUCCUUUAAGCUAAAAUGGUGGACUUUUAUGUUAGGUUUUUGAUCUCAUGUUGUAGCUCAUAGAUACCACAACUGAUGAACAAAUUUAACACCUUCACCCACGUUCUUCUAACCUUCACAGACUCCAUGAAUCGAUGCCCAUCUCCUAUAUAUUUGGUCACAUGAUCAAUUUCUCCCACCAUUGCCGAGCAACAGGGGGUGGCUCAACUUACUCUUUGGCUCAACUUACCCCACUCUCCCCUAUGCCUAUUUACCUUCAUUUAUAAUGAAACACAAAAAAAUCUAACCCUCAGAUCAAACAAAUGAUAAAAAGCUUAAUUAUGAAUUUACUCAGUGUAGGGUAAAUUGUUUUUAUCUUCAUCCUGAUAAACUUAUGAGAGACUGUAAUGGCCAAAUCUUAACUAUUAAAGAGAAAAGAUAAUUAGUGCUAGUCAAUAUAGAUCUGUACAGGGAAUAUUAAGAAAAACUAAGAUAGGGAUUUUUUUUACGGGAAUCAGUUUAUUAAGAAGGCUAAGGUUCAGUAAAUAGCCAUCAGUUCAUUGGCAAACAUUGUGUCAUGCAUUGAUUGCAGCGGCCGAUGUUUAUCUGUAUCCUGUUGCAUCUUAUCUUAAACCUCAUCAAAAAUCAAGUAUAUUUAGAAAGCUAUUACGAUUACACCUACACAAAGCUGUUACACCUCACUGCCAAUUCAGGGAAGAACGAAAAUGCAUGCAAAAUAUUACACUGUCUCCAAGAAAUAUCUACCAAUAAUAUUUAAAGCAUCUUAACAAGAAGACAAGCAAUGACUUAAAUACAUCCGACUCAUGGCUCGUUUAAAAAUGACACUAAAAUUAGUACAGCGGCAAUAAUCUAUUAACAAUAAAAUGAUGUGUGCAGUAUUUCUGAUGGGUGCAUCAAUGUUUCAGUUAAAUAUUGGUAUGGGCCGAUGUUUGCUCUGUAGACGCUGGCGCUCAGUCAAAAUCUCAGUGUUCUUUUGCAGAGGCUGAUGUAGGAUAAAAAAAGAGUGAAUUCAGAAAAAUCGCAUGAAACUCAGUGUCUACUGACCUCAAAGUUCACUACAUGUAAGUGAAUCUACUUGUCUGGACUAAACACUUACAUGACUUUUUCAGAUUGUUGUUUAGGAGAAGGAAAGUGUCUCCUGUAGAGGUAACUUUGUUGUUUUGUUCAGAGUGAGUUUUUGCUGGUUGUAUAACUGGGUGUUGAAAUGAGAGGAAGAUGAACACAGAGAGCUGCGAGGUGCAAUCCAAACACGCUCUUCCUCCUCUUUCCUCUUCUUGUUUGUGCAUUUGUCUCAUGGAGGUGGGACAGAGCUGUUGAGUCAUUGACUGAGCUGCACGGUCAAUACUUCACUUCGCAUGCGAGGGUCAGAGGUGAGGUUUCCUCUGCUAGCUCUGCUGCGUCGGGUAAACUUCUCCCAUCCUUCCUCUGUCUGUUCGGUGCCUGUAUGUCACUUUCCCCAAGGUGAGUCACAGCAUUAAGCUCAGUUUUAGUCAUUUAAAGACGUGAGAUUUAUUGUUUUUCAGUUUUGGAUUUGAACUUUUGUGGCAGACCGUCUCCCUUUCAUUCCUGUGAGAAAAAUUAAUCCUGCUUUAGCUUGUGGGGGCACAGAGAACUCUUCCAUUCAUGCUUGUUUAGAGGUAGAAGUUAUUAUGCAUUAAUGAAAACGAUGAAAAGAGUUAAAGGCAAAAUCUGCUUGAAUGUUUUUUUGGACAGUUGCAUCACUGGUCAGCUGGUUAUUUCAAACCACUCAAAGAAAUUACACAGUGUUUAUUUAUGAUUGUGUUAAGACUAUGACAGCCCUGCAGACAUUGUCUCUAUGACAACCACAAAGCUUUAAACCAACAGUAGUUUAUCACGUAUUUGUAACUUCUCAUCUCCUGUUUUGCUCUAUAGUGUUUGGUGGACUAACGUCUAUCAUAGGGUUAAACUUUCAAACUUUGUAAUAGAAAUGUCCACCAGUGCGUACAUGGGUUUAUUUGCUUAUUUGUGGUGUCGCUUCUCAGGGAAUUUCAAAUGUUACUGAACCCUAGGAUCUAUACAGCCUCAGCUAAAUGGAUCAAUUUGAGUAAAAGUGUGGGAUUUCAAACAUGCGGUGAAUGACAGAUGAAACAAAGAGUUAUUUUACAUCAGCUUAUGCUCCAUAAUGUCACAAAAUUCAAUAAGCAAAAUGACUCUUAGAGCAUAAACACAAAAAAACAUUCACUAAAUUCAAAUAAGUAUUAUGACUGGUGUAUUUUCAGUCUGCAGUUGCAAAUGCAGUUGCACCGUAUCCAACACUGUAUGGUAUGUUCUAGUUCUGUGCUGCUGCUCUCACUGUCUGCAAAUGUAAAUUACCUGCACUGGUUAAGGCAGGGAUGAUUAAACCUGCAAGUAAUCACCACAAAAUCUGUAAAACGAUGAACAGUGACGUUUCUGGGAGAUGACUUAUUUAACAGCAGUGUGAAACAUCACAUACAGUGUGGGAAGUCAUCAUCGCGUGUGUUUUCCUGAGAAGGGUAACUCCCAUUGUUUUCCCUUUUCGGCUUUAAAUGAGUCAGAAAGUUAAAAAACCUCCCACAUGAUCAAAGAAUUUAAUCCACUCAAUAAUCCUAUCCACGCACACAGCAUACAAGAUGUACUUUAAAUACUUUUUAGUCACUAAAAACUGAGCUGUCACACCUCUGAACCAAUAAACCAGUAUGAAAUGAAGGGAGAGAUGUUGUAUUGCAUGAGUUCUUGUCUAUAAAUUGAAUAUACAUCAUGCUUUCAUUCCUAGCAGCUGUUUAAUAAGCAUAAUAAAUUUAAUAAACCUUAAUUUCAGCUUUCUACUUUGACCCAAGUUCUAUUUGUUGACAGAAGUGAAGUGGGGCUUAUGACCUUUACAGCAGCCGGUCAGUAGGGGGAGCUUUAAAUCUUUUUGCUUCACAGUUGAUACAGAAACAAGGUGUUCAUGUAGAUAUGCAGAGUACGGUAAAAGUGCUGAACCUAAAAGAUGACACUUCAAGAUGCCAGGAAAAAAAGUGUGUCAUAUAUGCGACAUACUAGUGCAACAUUUAUAUAGAGAUGAUGCAUUUUUCUUUGUUUUUGUUUUGCCUGUUUUUUCUCAGUAACUUUGUAUUAAUGGCUGUCAUCUAACAUUUCUGGCACCUUCUUUAUUUUCAGUAUUUUCUCAGGCAUGGUGAAAAAAAAUUAACUGGUUUAGAUGUAAAACAAAGGAAUCAGUAGAAAAGGUUUUCUCAAACAGUCAACAUAUUUACUCCAGCAAAGAGAAGAAUCCUAAAUGAUAAAUUUUAAAUUAAAUAACUUGGGUGCAGUGAUCAUUUUGAUGUGACAUCUGUCUGAGACUCUUUCACCAUCAGGCACGUGUUAGUCAUCUGAAUUAGUCGCUACAUGUCUUUUGAGGACAUGCAUUGAGGAUCUAGGUUUCAAUUCUCUAUCGCGGGUUGGAUUCAUAUCCUCUUCCCUUCAAAAACCAUAAGCUUUUUGCUUAGCUUGGCACUCUGGGAUCCGAGCACUGGAUUUUAUCUCCUCAAAAGCAAAAAAGUCUCACCUCCCAACACCAAGCUCAUCUGAGUUUAUACACUUUAUUUAUUUCCAAACGGAGAGAGAACGAUGUGCUGUUAUUCCACGACCUACAUUAUUGUGAGCUGGGAUGAUUGCUUGACCACAACUGAGUGAAUUUCCAUGUUUUCAUUCUGCGCAUUUUGCAAAGAUUCCUAGCAUGAUUGAUGACACAUAAUAGCAAACAGCAGGUGAAAGUGCAUUUAUUACUGCUGUGUCAUGUUUCUGUCACCCAUAAAUCAUAACUGGAAUCUGCACAAGAAUGUUGAGUCAUACCAAGUCCACAGUCAACCUCAGUUCAAGCUAAACCACUGCUAGAAUUGCCUCACAUCCAGUUUUUCUUAUAUCCAGUGAUAACUAGUAAGAUUAAAAGCAUUAUUCUACUCAAAUUAGCACUUUUUUAUGGACCAUGUGCUCUUAACAACAUCACAAAGGGCAGAGUGGUUCUUCAGACUGCUGUUGGCAAGACCUUGAUCUGAGCUCAUUCAUCCCUCUGUGUUGUAACAGCUUUCUCACAAACAGAUGGACAAAGUUCGCGUCAGUGAGCACAUUUGUAGGGCAGCGCACCAGUUUCCCCCUUCAACAAACAUAAACAUGCAGAAAGGACAGUCUUUCCUUUUUGUGAAUUUGGUGACGUGAAGUCAAACACUGCAGAAGUUUGUUUAGUCAGUGAGACACACGUGUGCUUUCUACCGUCAACCUCUGUACGAUUCUUUGGAGUGCAUGGUUACAAACGAAGAAAAACGAGUAUGACGUCAUGAAAAUUGGAUCGGAUGCAUGAUCUAAAAAUUCCUAGAGGCAUCAUAAAUCUGUUUGUCCCACAUUCGCCUUUAUUAAAACAAACUGAUUUGUUUGAUGUUCAUGCUCUUAUUACAGUGUCAGUAAAAAGGAGAUAAACUGUGCCAACUGGACACAACAGGUUCAGCCUGGCCAUCAGUUCUUCUCAGGGACACUCCUUCGUGAGUCAAGUCCUUUCCAGCACAUAUUAAUGACUGACAAAGACACCAACUCUCGACAACAUGGUCUUUUAUUCUCAAAAUAAUAGAAAUAAACUCUUGAAAGAAUUUUACUUGAUGGACAGAAAUGUUACUUGGAUCUUGGGAUCAUUUUCCAGCCUUGUUUGUACUACAGCCACAAGGUUAAGAAAGCAGCAGCGGUUAUAAAAAGAUUCGGGUCUGGCAGGAUAAACUCUUUUCCUCAUGUCUUUUAACUGUUUCCUGCCAGGAAGCAAAAUUUCCAGAAGCUGCUGUCAGAAGUCAACUUCACAGAAAGUUUCCAGUAAUAUCAGAAAGAAUGGUGGAGAUAAGCUGCUGUAAAGGGAUAUAUUUAGAUGACAAGCUGAUUGCAGUUAUGAGUGGUGUACAGUCAUUAUAUGAAGAUUGGUCUUGUGUAAUCAAAGCAUAUCAAAAUCAAACAUGUGUAAUAUGUCAUCUUAAUUUGGUAGACAAAUAGAGAGGGGAAUAAAAAACUAAUUACUGUGUGAAUCACUGCUCGGUCUUUUACACAUUUAAGCACUGACACUCCUGGGUCUCCAGUCCCUAAAGUCAAACCCUCAACAGGAAAGUCACUCUUCAGUCUGACUGUUAAAUAUCUUCAUCUCAGCCAUUAUGACUCCCACGUCUCUCUUAUGUACUUCAGUGGGCUAAACAGGCCAAGCUCUUCCCACGCUCCUCUCUGCCCAGACUUGUUCCAGGGAAAGACGAUGCUGCCUCUAUGCAAGACUUCUGAUUCCCAACCUAGUUCCAAAUCCAGAGUUUUACAAGAGAAAAAGUCGUGGUUUAUGUGCGAAAGUUAAAACCAAGAAUCACAGAGAAUCAUGCAUUUCCCAGCCAUAAAAUAGAAGAUGUUAUCAAACUGCCUGGAUGCUUUUCCAAGUAAAAGCCCACUCUGUUUAUUUCUGUUUAGUGACUGUCCUCGUUUUCCCGCAAUGUUUUUAUUCUGAAUGUGUAUCUUGGCCAAACAUCACAUAAAUUAAGUCACUUUCAAGGCUCGUCCUUGGCUCACUGCUUUACUUUCCUUGUAUCUAACCCUUUGAGCCUUUAAUGUAUUUAGAUAGAGACUGAACGCGUUUGUCAUAUGACGCAACUUGAUGAAAAAAAAAGUUUUCCAACUUCCAAACACAAAAUUACAAUAACGACAGAGAGCGACAACAAAUUUAAUUUAAUAUAAAAGCCUAGAAUGACAGUUGUGCUAAAAUCUUGUCUGACUCAAACAAUAUAACUGUGGUUGUAUAAGCAUUACACAAAGAGAACAGCACACUCCCUGAGGAUUCAUUCAUAAAGCAGUGUGCCUGAGUGUGAAUGUUCACUGACGUCAAGUGGUAUUAAGGAAUGCAUGGCCUCCCUCCAGAUCCACGUUGUAGUGUAGUGUUUUAUCAAAGGCUGCACCACAAAUGGCUCCUGGAAUGCCAGAGCAUUUGUCAUGUAUGUGGGAGGGAGAAAGGUAGAGGACCAGGCACGGAGAGAAAAGCUUAUUUUAAGAGACAUUAGGCAGUUUUGAGCUUGGUUUGAAAGGGGAAACACAACUGUAUUUUGCUGAUAGCUGCCUCCGCUGACCUGUGAGUGACAUUGAGCAGAAGUGUUCCAGUAAGUGGUCAGCUGCUCUGACUUUGGGCUGCUGCUGCAGUUUCUCUCUCCAGCAGUUUUGUAACCUCAGUGUGUGACAUUGGUCUAACUUUAAGUGUUAUUUACAUGUGUGUGUUUCAGCCAUGGGCAUGAGCUCGACACUGAGAAGUCUUCUGCUAUUCAUCGGGACACAUGGGAUUUGUUCAGGAUUUCUACAAGGUGAGCUCUUUGUAAAAUGUUAAUUUACAGCUAAGUAUUACAGGUUAAACAGAUCUUGGAAUAACACGUGUUUCUAAUCUCUAUGAAAUCCAUCUGUCGCCAUCUUGUGGCCUCUGAUGUAACUACAGAAAUUUGUUUCUGAUAGUAAGAGACUAUCAAAUUCUCACACUGCUCUGUUUUAUCUUGACUAACGUUUUAAUGUGACUACAACAGUUAAAUUAAUCAUUAUAAAAUGUGAUCUGUAUUUGGAUACGUUAUCCUGAUUAAAAACUAUCAUCUUGUCUUUGUGUUUAUACCCAGUUGUGAAUGAGUAGGGCAUCAAACUCUUGACUGAUAAGCGACUGUUUAGAGCAGGGCUGUACAAUAUUGAAAAAACUAAUAAUGAAAUAUUUACUGUGAUAUGAAAAAGAUACAUGAUUAUACCAGACAAAUGCAGUACGAUUACUACUUUUAGUUUAGAUCUUUCAGCCUGUUGUCUGCUUUGAAAUUAAACUACCCUUCUACUUCGAUCACACUGUGUCCAGCCCUCAGUAAGCAGCUCUGACACCUGCAUGCAGAGGUAGAGACACAGAGAGAGUUUACUACAUAAUCGUUACAAAUAAACAGCUCUAAAAAUGACCACAAACCUCAAAACUAACUCUGGUGUUGGAGAGCAGAGUGAGAUAAGCAAAGUGGUUAGACAACAGUCUGAUAGCCGCAGAUUCUCUUUCUGUUGCUGAGUGUCAACAUAGCCAACUAAAGGACAGUCAGCUAAGACAUGGGCGGUUAACAUGAUUAGUCCAUAAACUGGCCUAUUUAACCUUCACUUGCUAGAAGUGUGCUAUUAAAAAAACACCAGUCCUCAGAAAACAGGUUUUAUUUUAUUUAGAUGAAUAACUCUUUUUUUCUCUGUUUACAGAGAACUGUACCAACUACAACCUCCAGUUUGAGAGGGUUUUCUCUGUACCCGGGGAUGUAGCGAUGCUGAACAGUACCCUGGUGUCACCAGAUGUCUUCGACUUCACAAGUGUGCCUUACAACAUCACCUGGUACAACUCAAAGACAGGCCAGGAAAUAAACAACCAGACCGGUCGAAUCCUGGUGCAAGGAGAGACGCUGUGGUUCCUGAGAGUGACCCUGGAGGACGAUGGUGAUUACGUGACCGUACUGAGGUACAGUGACCUUCCUAAAUUAAACAGCUCACUUUUUAAUAAUCAGACAACCUUUGAUAAUCACUACUAAUAAAAAUUCUUCUUUAUUUACUUCAGGACUCCAUCUAGAUGCUACAUGCAGGCCACCAAGCUGGUAGUGGAGGAACCAGUUGCCAAACAAUGUGGAAGGCCACGAAAGGUUUACCAAACACUCACAAAAGGAGUCAGUGACAUGCUGUCCUGCCCUCUGUUGGACCACAUCAACAAACUCAAGAGCUACAAUAUUGAGUCUUCUGUUAAGUGGUACAGAGUGAGUACUACUUGGUCAGUCUUUUCUUUUAGAACAGUCCUGCUUAGCCAGGUCUAGACACUGAAAAUCUAGGGAUGUCAGAUAGAUAAGAAGGUUGUUAUGAUCCAGAGGAUGGGACCUGUUGAGGCCUUGACUCCAACUCUACCUAAGAUGCCAAUGCUCUGAUGACACGUUCGUCUUUUCUCUGUCUUUUAGGGUUGUGAACCCAUAGAGGACGGGACAGGAAAGUACACCUACUGGGAUAUGACCAAACUCAAGAUUGACGGGGUGGAUUCUCAAAACAACGGCUCCUACACCUGCACCUUGACCUUCACUCUUGGUGGGAUCACAGGAUCCAUGUCGGAGACAAUUGACGCAUGGGUCAGAGGUGAUAACAGAGAGACAUUACACUUUGUUUUUUUUAAAUGUCAUGAUUACAAGCAUCCACUAGAGGGAAGCACACAAGUCAGAGCCAAGACUAUACAGUAUCUCAACCUCACUUUUGUUUCUUUUCCGUUCAGAGGAGUACUCUUUGGUCCCACAAGUGCAUGAACCGGCCAAUGAAACAGUCAAGGCACAGAUAGGUAAGUCUCUCUAACUUUAAUGAUGAAACAGACACAACCUUCAUUCAGUUUCAGUGUCUUUGUUAGUCCUGCACAGUUGGGAUACCUUCACUAAAAGAAACUAUUUAAUAACUUUAAUGUUGGCUAAAAUCAUCAAGUGUAACUCAAGAUAUUGUUUCUUCAUGUGUUAAGGCUCCAGUUUCAGCAGGAGGUGCCUGGUGUUUGUGCCCUGUGUUGGGACACCCAUGGUUGAUAUCAUGUGGCUGGUGGGACAUAAUUUCAUCGACUCCAACCCUGAUGAUCGCAUCUACAUAUCAGAAGAACGGUCAGCCUUCCAACCUUCUCUUUGUUUUUGAUAUCUACUGCUUUUGAUUUUUUUAAAGCAAUUAUAAAGGUUUUUAUUCUCCAAAAUUUUGCAAUUUUUUUUGACAUUUUUCUGUUCUCACCAGUGUGUGGCAGGAUGCUCCUCUCAAAGGUGUGUGGUUUGAGCGUCUGCUGGUGUUCUCUGAGCUAAGAAAAGAGGACUUCAACGUCAACUACACCUGUCGUGUCUACAGUAACAGAGGCUUUCCUGAGGGAUACUUUACCCUGAUACAAGAAGGUACAAAACCUGCCAGUUUACACUCAUGCAGGAUUACGAUUACCAGCAAACACACACACAAUUUAGUAAAAUAAAGGAGUGAAAUUUGGCAAUUUGUGCAAAUAAAUUAAGUGUAUAUAUAAUAAUCUGUCUUUAAAUUUUCACUACACAAAUCUCUGAUGAAUAUGCAUUUAUCAAUUGUCGUGCCUGGCGAGUAGAUGACCAGUAGAGGGAGUUAAACUGACACCUUUCCCCACUUUUCAUACAGACCAGGGCCGGCUCUUGGCAUAGGCAAUAUCGACAGUCGCCUAGGGCGCCACCUGCUGGAGAGACGCCGUCAAGCACCAUUGGCCUCGAGGAAAAAUAAAUAAAUAAAUAAAAACAAUAAAAAUAAAAAUAACUUUCUAUGGUCGGUUGCCCUCCUUUGUGUGCUCUCUCUUGAAAAUGUUAUAUUAAUAUAUUAUUUAAUAUUAAUUUAACUUAAAUGAACAAACAAUAAUCUCGCCUAGGGCACUAAUUUAGGUGGAGCCGGCCCUGAUACACACACUCAGAGAAGAGAAUAGAGAUGACUUUGAAGAAAACACCUUUUACUGAAUAAGUGAAUAAUCUUUUCAUGAGUCACAUAUGCUAUGAUAUCACCACUUAAAAUUGGAAUAAAUCCCUAUAACUGUGUGUUUGUGUGAUUUCCAUCUCUGCAGACCCCAACAUCAUACUACCCAUCGGACUGGUGCUCGGUGGUGUUACGGUUCUCUUUAUCAACAGUGUCAUCAUCUACUACCUUUUGAAGGUUGACAUAGUGCUGUGGUUCAGGAGGGCAUUUCCAGUGCUCUAUCCAAAUAAAGGUAACUUUUAUUAUCUACAUAUACUCAUGUGAAGUCAUCAAAUACCCGCACUUUGUCACUGAGUCUGGUGAAAUGUUUUGUAACUCAUAAACAAGCUGUUCAAAGAGAGGGUGACUGACUAACUGUGUACUGCACUUAUCACCACAGUUGUACUUGGACGACAUUAUUACUGUAGAUGAAACUUUGAGAGACGACUGAAGCCUUAAAGAAGGCGUUUGAGUGUCAAAGACAGACCACAAUGUUCUUGAGUGGAAAAACCCACAGUGCUGCGUGACCUUAGUACCCACACAUACAGUACUCACCCACACAAACAUCAUAACCGAGUGACUCUCCAACCAGACCUCAUACCUGCCUGCAUGUGUCAACAGUGAGGGCAAACAAGUGAAACAAACAAACCGCAAGACUUCCUGCCGUCACCAACUACUGAAGGGGCGUCAGCGACUCUAACUGCUCAGUUUGUCAGCAGCUCAGUGAUAUUGGGCCUUAAAGGUUUUGAAUAAAAAAAUAAAGUUGGUGUUUAGCAGGACAAGCAAAAGCCUUGAUGACUGAAAUAACAGAGAAAACAGUCAGCAGCUUAUACAAAGAAAACUCAACCACAUCCUGUCCAUGUAUUUGGAACAAGUAGAGCAUAAACAGUAAAACCAAGCAACAGACACAGAAACACUUACAAUGAAGACUUUUCUAGUUCAGCUAUUUGGGUCAAUAUGUCAGUAAAAUCACUAAAUCAGGAUUAUUUGAUUGUCUGUUUUAGAUCAGGCUGAUGGUGUUUGAACAAUCACCAACUAACCGACCAGAUAACGUUAUGAGCAAACUUAUAACUCUCACUACCGAAAAGGGUUAUUAAUGUGACAGUGACUUCCUUUUUUUCUGUAUACGUAACAAACUAACUCCAGCAGGUUGUGACUUUCUCAUAAUACAUCAAUUCGACUCUUCAUUGUUAUUUCUCUUACGUAUUAUCCAAAAAGACGCUAAAGGACCUGAAUCACAGGACUCAAAAGUCUGUGGGAAAACACUUAAUAAACUCUGCUGUUCUGAUUUUUUUUCAGAUUUGGAUGGGAAACUGUAUGAUGCCUAUGUGGCGUAUCCGCAGCCCUGUGCUGCUGGUUUCAGCGAGGAAGUGGAGGAGUUUGCCCUGCACACUCUGUCUCAAGUAUUGGAAAAAACCUGUGGUUACAAACUUUUCAUAGCUGGACGCGACUCUCUGCCAGGGGAGGGUGAGUCACUUUCAUAACAAGGAUAGCAUUGUUAUCCCACUUCACCCUGUGGGUUUGACACCAAAUCAAAAGACGGUCAAGAUUUGGUUUAAAAAAAAGGCUUCUUCAUCUAUUGCAUGCUAAGAAUGAUGAGAAUGAAUUAUACAGUUUUAUUAAUCUUUAACCCAUUUAGGUCCUUGUCAGGAGCCAAUGGGAUAAAUCAUGUUCUUAGACGUAAUACCCUAAUCUUUUCUUCUGUUUCUCUUUUCCUCCUGCAGCCAUAGUGGACUCAGUGGAGCAAAACUUACAAGCCAGUCGCCGAGUCCUUCUGCUCUACACUGCCUCCACCUUCAUCAGCAAAAGACUCACAAGCAGCACAAGUAGCUAUAACAACAACAAUAUCUCUAAGAGCAGCGAUGGCAAAACCACAGAUGACAGUAGCAGCAUGGAUUAUGACAGUGACAAAGAAGUGUAUUCAGACACACGGCAGCCGUAUGAGUGUGCGUCAGCAAUGUACAAAGCUCUGCUGGAGGGAUCUCUGAAGGUGAGAAAACUAACUUUCUGAAAUAUGCUGACAGCAGAGAUCCACAAUAAACAAUGAGCACAGUUUGUGCGCACUCGGUUUAAGUAGGGAGAAAUCUCACAGCCAAUAAAUUUUAGCAUUUACUUGCAACACAUGCUCAAAGACACUAAUUCUGAUCUGUGCUCUGGUGGUUUACAGGUAGUUCUGGUGGAGUUGGAGGAGAUCAGCCCCGCUCAGCUCGCUCUCUUCCCAGAGUCAGUGCGUCAACUAAGAAAGAAGCAGGGCGCUGUGUGUUGGUGGAAGAACCUAAAAAAGAGGCAGAGGUCUGGGACAUGUAUGAGGAGAGAGGAUGAAGAGAAAGGUGGACAGGACACAAAGCUGUCUCCAUCCUCCUGCCCGUCCUCCAGGUUUUGGAAGGAGAUGAGAUAUCAUAUGCCAGUGAGAGGAAAAAGGGCGAUGUUUCCUGAAAAAACAUCCCUGCUGAACCUAUGAUGAGCUUUGAGCUUUUUUUCUGAACUAAUGUAAAUGGGUGUAAAUCUUUCCUCACACGAACUGAAUUGUCACAUUCAGCAACUUGGAGACCCCGUGGAGACCACCACUGUGUUUGAACUUCCACUGCAGCUUCAUGAGUUCUUGAUAUCUCUAACAUUUUGAGACCGAUGUGGACAAAGACAGACAAUUCAAACCAAAUACUCCUGUUAUUAUGUAUAUAUGUGUAAUUAAGACUGUAAAUAUGUAAAUAAAUGUGCCUCCAGUAUUGUAAAAAGUCGAGCAGCACACUGUGAGCUACACAUUAAAAUGUACAGCAAUGCACAGCAAUGCGAACAAGAAACUAAAAAAAGCCAGUAAAAAGCUGGAAAAAGUCGUGUGCUUACUCUUGUGUUUAUGUCUCCUGCAAUUUUCUUUAAAAAAAAGAAAAAAAAAACACUACCUGAUAAGAAACUACUAAAGAAUAGGCUGAGGUACAAUUUCAAUUUCACAAAUCCUCAUUCUGGUUCUGCUUAUCUUUUUCAGUUCUCAUCAGUUUGUAUUUUUUAUCUAUUUUGAAGAUAACGAUUAUCUUAAGAACAAAAAUUUCCCUGCCCUUUAGUGUGAGGCUUGUAAUUUAUCUUUUCAUGUCAUCACCACACAUUGCACAAUACUGUCAAUAUGUUUUUAGUGAAGCUUAACCAAACUGGGAUCUUCCGCACUGAUUGUUGACUCACAAUUUUGCUGACAUAAUGUGUCACAAAUAAAAUGAUAUUACAUCA